CAAGAAGAUGCAAGUGAGCAUUAUCUGAGGCAAUUAGUUGCGGGGAAUGGGCUUUCCCUGCACAUUGUUUGGGUCAAACUGCUAGUUAGAGCUAAUCUUCCACUUUGAGUCAUGCUUCCAGAUUGUGUUAUUCUUCCAGAUUACGUCAUUCUUCCAGAUUACGUCAUCUGGUACUUAUUUCUACGUGUUUUUACGUAGAGUCUUCCAGAUUGUGUCAUUCUUCCAGAUUGUGUCAUUCUUCCGGAUUGUGUCAUUCUACUAUUUUCAGUCAUUCUUCCAAAACAAAACACUGAGAACCUGGCAAACUGUUAAUACACGUAUUCCCGCAACUCCCGUUGCCUGCCUCUUUAUUUUUAGCAGUUUUCGAUUGUGGUCACACUUUCUAUCGCCUCGAUUCGAUUGAGAAUCUCCAACAAUACGACUCCAGCACAGCCGCAAAGUGUUUGGCUACUUUACGACAGUAUCAAGGAUUACUGUACUGCAACCCAAACAUCAUCCAUCAGCUAUCCUUCUAACUAUCAGUCUUGCGCUUGUCCCCACAGUUUUCUUCACCGCUGCUUCGCUUCGUUUAUCGCUCCUGCGGUAGCUACACUGUAUCGCGAGGAUACCAACUGUAGAUCCAUCCACCAUGACAAUCAAGAAGACCGCCAACGGUGACGAAGAAAACCAAUGGGAGCAAGAGGAAGAUGAAGUCUACCUCCCACGAGAAGAAGAUCCCGUGGAAAAGCCGGCCAAGGUUCUCGAUGAUGAUAACAACAACGCGAAUGUUCCCGACGUCGAAGAAGAAGGACGACUGCCGGCAGCCUGUUACUGUUCGAUUACCAAACAAAUCAUGGGCGAUCCCGUGGUGGGACCCAAUGGUGAUUCCUUUGAAAAGGAAGCCGUCAUGGAACGACAAGGUGGAGAGUUACUCAGCUACUAUCCCAAUCGAGCCUUGCGGGCGUAUAUGGACGAGCAACAGGAAGUGUUGGGAGAGGAAGGUUCCGUCCGUGGGACACUGCGCAAACUCGACAACAAUCUGCGAACCAAUUGGGAUCGCAUGUUGGAGAAUACAUCCCUGGCUACCGCAUUGGGUGGAGAGUCACGACCGUUGCCAGAUGAAUUCUAUUGCACAUUGACGCUAGAUCUACCCCAUGAGCCAGUCAUCGACCCCGAGGGGUUCACCUAUGAGAAGGAUGCGAUUGUCCAUUGGGUGAGACACAAUGGUGAUUCGCCCGUCACUCGAAAGCCACUCAGUGUGGAUCAGCUCUACGACAACAAUGCCGUUCUUUGUAUUCUUUUGGAAGAAUCCGAAAAACCAGAAGAUAACCUGCAUCCUUGUAUUCGACGUUGGAAAGAAGAACUCAUGAACCCUCCUCCCUCCAUUGUGCCUCCCGACACUACCGUCAAUGCUCUCACCACCACGAGUAGUAGUGGUAUGGGUGGCAUUCCCAUGAAUGGGGAACAAUCCACGGAAGAAACCACGACAACCAGAACCUAUCCGACAACUCACGAAGAAAUGGAAGAACGAUUGCGACGAGAGCAUCGGGCAUCCAUGAUCAGUCUCUUGCUGAUCAUUGUCAUUAUCUCUUUUGCACUGAUAUACCUGCCAUUCUAUUUGGUGGUAUUCGUGCUCGCUUUUUGCAGUUGCAUGUACGCACGACGCAGAUUCCACGAGCGUCAUCAUCAGCGUGCCUAA